UAAGCUUAUGAAAAAAGAAUUAGCCGUAACCGACACUUGCUCUUGCGCGCACGCUUGUUUACCAAUUGAAAUUUUUUUUAAAUCGGCUUAAUAAUAUUUUUCAUGAAUUAAAAAAUGCACUGUGAAGAAAAUAUGACUAAUCGAAGCAGCGAAUUUUGGGGAAUAUGCUGCGAAGGUGGAAAGAAAUAUUCGCAAGUUGUUCGGCAGAAAUUUCAUAUGACUAUGGCUGCUCUUGAUCCAACAGUUGUACCUACAAGCCCUGUUGUUUCUCUGAUGGUUGAUCGUGGGGGCUGUGAGUAUCUACUCUGCAGUCUAAAGCCUGGUACUCUUUUACAAGUCAAUCUUAAUUUAUAUUUUGACAAGGGAGAAAAAGUAACUUUUUCAUUGAUAGGCAAAGGCAAAAUUCAUUUGAGUGGCUAUCAUAUUUAUGAGAAAAAUGAUUCAGUUCCUGUUGCAAGCAAAGAAAAAGAUCAAACUGUAUCUCCUAAAAAAAUUCUUGAUGGAAAAGCAAAGAAAUCAAAGGACGAUGACUCUGAUGAAGAUUCUUCUGAAGAGGAAGAUGUUUCUGAGGAGGAAGAUAUUUCUGACGAUUCAGAUGAGAAAACUGAAGAUAAUAAAAAAGAUUCCAAAAGACUCCUGUCUUAUAAACGUUCAUGGUCAGCUUUGACCAAAGGUGGAAAAAGUGAUGAAGAAAACUCCGACAGUGAAGAUAGUGAUAAAGAUAAUGAUGAUUUUUCUAAAAAAACGGAUAAAGAGUUUCAAAACAAGAAAAGGCCAAAGAAUGAAAGCUCUGAAGCCAUCUUAGACAAUAAGUUGAAAAAAGUUACUAAACAAAAUGAUCUUCUUAAUUCCUCAAUUGGAAGAACGCCUAUGCCACAAAAAGCUCCUAAAGACAGUAAGGCAAACUCAUCAAAAGCUGUGACUCCCAAAAAAGUAGAUUUUGUGGACAUUGAAACUUCAGAUUCUGAUAAUGAGGAAAAUGCCUCACCAUUAAAUGCAACUCCUAUUAAAGCAGUUGAGCCAACUACUCCAAGCUCAGAACAUAAAAAGAAAAAAAAGAAGAAGAAAAGUAAAGCUGCUCCAGAAGUUAGCAACGUCACUAAUGAAAGUCCCGCAAAGCCUAAAGGACUUGCAUCAGCCUCUUUUAGUCAGAAAUUACCUGGAGGACUUGAAUAUGAAGAUAUUAGGGUUGGAAAUGGACCUAUUGCAAAAAAAGGAAGAUUAGUUCAUGUAUAUUACACUGGCAUGUUACAAGACAAUAAGGUUUUUGACUCCAGAGAAAUAGGAAAUAAACCUUUUAGUUUCAGGCUUGGUUCUAAUCAAGUGAUAAAAGGCUGGGAUAUGGCUGUCGAAGGUAUGAAAGUUGGUGGUAAACGAAGAAUGAAAAUUCCUCCAAAGUUAGGGUAUGCAAACGCAAGAACGGGACCCAUUCCACCAAAUAGCACACUCUAUUUUACUGUGGAGCUGAAAGCUGUCUCUUAGAAGUUAUCAAUGCUUUUAGUUCUUGUAAAUAAACAUUGUUGUCUUUA